AUGGAUUCUAGAGCCGAAAGACGCCUUCAAAUAGUACGGAAUCAUUUGAUUUCCACAGCCGGGGAUCGACCACCGCUUCUCCGCCGCCACCCCACCGACGGCGAGUUCUUUUCCGAGGAAGGGUAUAGUGUAGUGCUUCCGGAGAAAUUGCAGACUGGGAAAUGGAAUGUUUACAGAUCUUGGCGUGAACCUUUUAAGCUUGUGAACAGAUUUGUUGAUCAUCCUAAGAUUGCUACCUUGCAUGAUAAUUUUGUGCAUGCAGUUGAAAUAUUCCGCGACCAUAAAUACUUAGGUACUCGAGUUCGGGAAGAUGGGACCGUAGGGGAAUAUCAGUGGAUGACCUAUGGGGAAGCAGGUGCUGCACGAUCAGCUCUUGGUUCAGGUCUGGUUAAACACGGGAUAGCAAAGGGAUCCUGUGUUGGACUAUAUUUUAUCAACAGACCCGAAUGGAUGAUUGUUGAUCAUGCCUGCUCUGCUUAUUCACUCAUUUCAGUUCCUUUAUAUGAUACUCUUGGUCCAGAUGCUGUCAAAUAUAUUGUGAAUCAUGCCGCUGCACAAGCUAUAUUUUGUGUGCCUCAAACAUUAAACAUUCUGCUGAGCUUCUUAUCUGAGAUUCCUACCGUACAUCUCAUUGUUGUGGUUGGAGGGAUUGAUAGCCAAAUGCCAUCACUUCCAUCGGUAAUAGGAGUUGAGGUUAUAUCAUACUCAAAAUUACUUAGUCAAGGCCUCAGCAGCCUCGAAUCCUUCUGCCCACCAAGACCUGACGAUGUUGCUACAGUAUGCUACACAAGUGGUACAACUGGAACACCAAAAGGUGCUGUGCUGACCCACGGAAAUUUGAUUGCCAAUGUUGCUGGUGCAAGUAUGAGCAUCAAAUUAUAUCCCUCUGAUCUUUAUAUAUCAUAUCUUCCUCUGGCACACAUCUAUGAACGGGCUAACCAAAUAUCAGUGGUAUACUUUGGAGGAGCAUCUGGAUUUUAUCAAGGAGACAACUUGAAAUUAUUGGAGGACAUGGCAGUUCUAAAACCAACUAUAUUUUGCAGCGUUCCCCGGUUGUACAAUCGGAUAUAUGAUGGAGUUAUGAAUGCUGUGAAAUCAUCCGGUGGUCUCAAGGAAAGACUAUUUACUGCCGCCUACAAAGCUAAGAAGCAAGCAAUACUUAAUGGCAAGAAACCGUCACCCAUGUGGGACAGGUUGGUAUUCAAUAAAAUAAAGGGAAUGCUAGGAGGUCAUGUUCGUAACAUGGUUUCAGGCGCCUCACCCUUGUCUCCAGAAGUCAUGGACUUUCUGCGAGUGUGCUUUGGUUGUAUAGUUGUAGAAGGAUACGGAUUGACAGAGGCUUCUUGUGUUAUAAGCAUUAUGGACGAGACCGAUAUGUUAUCUGGUCAUGUCGGGGCUCCUUGCCCUUCUUGUGAAAUAAAGCUUGUAGACGUUCCAGAAAUGAACUAUACUGCGGAGGACCAGCCCCAUCCUCGUGGUGAGAUAUGUGUACGGGGCCCCAUAGUGUUCCAAGGCUACUACAGAGAUGAAGUCCAGACGAAGGAAGUAAUUGAUGAGCAGGGAUGGCUUCAUACUGGAGAUAUAGGUUUGUGGUUGCCUGGCGGGAGAUUAAAGAUAAUUGAUAGGAAAAAGAACAUUUUCAAGUUGUCACAGGGGGAGUACAUUGCGCCUGAGAAAAUAGAAAAUGUAUAUGCAAAAUGCAAGUUUGUUGCACAGUGUUUAGUGUAUGGUGACAGCCUGAAGCCUUCACUUGUUGCUAUCAUUUCGGUAGAUCAUGACAUGCUAAAAAAAUGGGCAGCAGCUGAAGGCAUCGAGUAUGAAGACUUGAAACAAUUAUGUGUUGAUCCACGAGCAACGGCUGCAGUCCUGGCUGACAUGGAUGCAGUUGCAAGGGAAUCUCAGCUGAGGGGUUUUGAAUUUGCAAAAGCCGUGACUCUGGUGCUUGAACCUUUUACUCUCGAGAACGGGUUGCUCACUCCAACAUUCAAGAUUAAAAGGCCACAAGCAAAAGCAUAUUUUGCUAAAGAAAUAGCAGACAUGUAUGCUAAGCUUUCAGCAUCGGAGUUCUCUCCCCAAAAACCGAUAUGA